AUGGCAGAGAUUCGCGAGUUUGGGUUGCAGAUGCAGGGUUGGGACAUGCGCCACAUGCAGGACUACGAUGAUAUAACUCACGAGUACCACGAGCUCAAGGCUGAGGUGGUCCGGGAACGCAACGAGCUAAACCAAUUGCGUACUGCUGUUUCGACCUCUGUCGCCGAGGCACGAGCGGUAGCAGCUGAUGCGGGUCGCGCAGCUGCAGCAGCGGCUGUGGGAGCAUUGCAGGAAAAGUUAGAGGGUUUUUUCGAGAACUUAGGGGUGAAGCUGAAGAGUGUGGUUGAGCAGGUGAUAGAGCGAUCGUCGCUGGAGGCCACGAUCACAUCCAGCUCCAUGGAACACCUGCAAGCAGCUAUUGACAACAGUGUAUACACAGUGUGGAAGGAUCUCAGAACUGCCGACGACCAGAACAAUCUGACUUUCACCAAGAUUCAGAAGGCGCUUUCUGGACUGUCAACAAAGCUCAAAGGGCUGACUGGACCCAUCAAAGUCCGAAAACCACCCACCGCCGGAGCAGAGGCCACACCAAGGCCUUCGCGAACGCAGCCCGAAGCAGAUUCCCCGGACAUCCCAAUCUCCGCAGCACAACGAGUGAUGGAAAGGUUUGCCGCGACGUCCGAGGGUGAGGCGGGUGAGACGGGCGCUGGUGUGGCAGAUAUUGACUUGUCUGAACCAGUGAGGAGAAACUGGAGAGAGACGUACGCAGCAAAGAAAGUGCAGAAAGAGAAGGAGAAGGAGAGCGUGGAGAGGAGGACGGCUGAAGCGCGGAAGCGGCAAGCACUUCAGACGGCGCAAGCGGCGGCUGCAAAGAAGAGGCGGGCUGAGAGCGGGUUGGGAAAUACGAGGGUGGAGGACCGGCCUGGGACUGUUAGCAGCGGGAGAGUGACGGAAAACCAACCGGCGGGUACAGCCGCCGAGGCAAGGAUGGUGGAACGCGAAAAGGAGGAUAAGCGGCGGAGAGAGGAGCAAAAAAGGGAGGAGGCGAGGAAGGUGGAACGCGAAAAGGAGGAGAAGCGGCAGAAGGAGGAGGAGGAGCGGAAGAGGGAGGAGGCGAGGAAGGCGGAACGCGAAAAGGAGGAGAAUUGGCAGAAGGAGGAGGCGAGGAAGGCGGGACGGGAAAAGGAGAAGCGCCAGAAGGAGGAGCGGAAAAAGGAGGAGAAGGCGGAACGCGAAAAGGAGGAGAAUCGGCAGGAGGAGGAGCGGAAAAAGGAGCAAGCGAGGAAGGCGGAACGCGAAAAGGAGGAGAAGCGGCAGAAGGAGGAGGAGGAGCGGAAGAGGGAGGAGGCGAGGAAGGCGGAACGCGAAAAGGAGGAGAAGCGGCAGAAGGAGGAGGAGGAGCGGAAGAGGGAGGAGGCGAGGAAGGCGGAACGCGAAAAGGAGGAGAAGCGGCAGAAGGAGGAGGAGGAGCGGAAGAGGGAGGAGGCGAGGAAGGCGGAACGCGAAAAGGAGGAGAAGCGGCAGAAGGAGGAGGAGGAGCGGAAGAGGGAGGAGGCGAGGAAGGCGGAACGCGAAAAGGAGGAGAAGCGGCAGAAGGAGGAGGAGGAGCGGAAGAGGGAGGAGGCGAGGAAGGCGGAACGCGAAAAGGAGGAGAAGCGGCAGAAGGAGGAGGAGGAGCGGAAGAGGGAGGAGGCGAGGAAGGCGGAACGCGAAAAGGAGGAGAAGCGGCAGAAGGAGGAGGAGGAGCGGAAGAGGGAGGAGGCGAGGAAGGCGGAACGCGAAAAGGAGGAGAAGCGGCAGAAGGAGGAGGAGGAGCGGAAGAGGGAGGAGGCGAGGAAGGCGGAACGCGAAAAGGAGGAGAAGCGGCAGAAGGAGGAACGGAAGAGAGAGGAGGCGAGGAAGGCGGAACGCGAAAAGGAGGAGAAGCGUCAGGAAGAAGAGGAAGAGCGGAAGAGGGAGGAGGCGAGGAAGGCGGAACGCGAAAAGGAGGAGAAGCGGCAGAAGGAGGAGGCGAGGGCGAUGGAAAGGAGGCGGGCACAAAGGGAGGCGGAGUUAGAAGCUAAGCGUCAGCAGAUUGCAAAGUUCGCUGAAACAAAGCGGUUGGAGGCAGCAAAGCGAAAAAGAGACCUCGAAAUAGAGCGUCGGAAAGCCAUGGAGGAGAUCGAGCGUAUUGCACGGUUGGAGGAAGCCGCAAAGGAGGAAGAGGAGAGGCAACAAAAGGAGUUAGAGGCAGAAACAGAGAAAAUGGAAAACGAGAGGCGACGGAUUGCGGUAGUGGACCUCGUGGAGGAGCGGCAGGGUUCAGUACAACUGACAGGCCAUGGAGUUUUAGAGACUCAACCGCCAUCGAAAAGGCCACGCAUUGACCAGGCGGGAACGAACUUCGACGCGGAUGAGGGGUCUUUGGGGACAGCUGCGUCAGAUGAAUGUGUCGGUGAAAAUGUGUCGGGAAAUCAGAACGUUCAACCAACGCUGGGGGAGGCGACGGGAGAGGUGGCACCGCGAAGAACGGAUGCGCUACCAGAUGAGCUAGGGAAGCGGUGGGGAGAAACAAGGCAUUUCAGAUCGAGUGGUCUUACCACACGCGAAAAGAAGAACAAGAAGGGGGAAGUGGUGUCCGUGCGCUUCAACUCGGAGCAAACCGUCGGAGGUGUGAAGAGGAACAUGGGGAGCUACAAGGAGAGGAAGCUGCGCGAUUUCACAGUGGCCGUCUGUUGGAUGACCUACUUCCCCGACACCGACAUGCCACAUUACGGCUUGGAUCCUGCCGAGCUUGGCUUGUGGGCGGUCCACCUCGAUUUCGCUCGUGACCUCCCGACGGGUGUCUGGAGUGUCAUGAACGAAUUGAACCUCGACAAGUUCGAGAACUUCGAAAACGUCAUGAACAAGACGCAUUCACGGAUGAAGGACGGCGCGCAUUUCCAGGUGGCCGUUUGCACAGGGAUUGGACAGGCCCUGGUACACGGAGGGAGUGGGCUGGUGUCGCCCCCCGCGAAUGUCACUCCCGCGGUCUAUGCAGCGGGAGUAGCUGCAACCCUCUACACCUUGUGGUGUGCCUCGAUCGGCAUUCCCCACCAGGACUGGGCGGAGGGUGCGGAUGAGGCGGCUCGUGGCACGCUCAACGAGGCAAGCCUUGCUAGUCGAGCAACCUCUACUGCUCGGCUUGGAGUGUGGACUUAA